AUGCAGAAAGAAUACAGAAAGUUGGACAUCGACAAAAUUGAUAAACUCCAGGAUGAGAUGGAGGAAAUGCUUGAUAUGAAUAAUGAGAUUCAGGAUGCUAUGUCGCGGCAGUACGAGACGCCAGAUAUUGAUGAAGCUGAUUUAGAAGCUGAGCUUGAUGCUUUGGGAGAUGAAUUUGAAGCAGAUGUAGAUACUUCUUAUUUAGACGAAGCGUUGAAUGCACCAGGCGUGCCAUCCAAAGAACCAGGAUACGAAAGCAAGGUGACAGAAGAAGGUAUUGCAGUGGAUGAAUUCGGCCUACCAAAAGUUCCUGCGAACAACUAA